GGAGACUUGUAAAACUGUCCAUUGGUGCCGUUUUGGUAAUUUACUUCGCGACAUGUCGAAUCUGCGUCUUUCUGAAUUGUGACCAGGCAUAUGAUUGGACGCCCCUGCAGUGGGGUCCUAAAGAAUAAGGAACUAAGGAUGACAGUCCAUAACUUGUACAUAUUUGACCGAAACGGAAAGUGUUUAUAUUACAACGAAUGGAACCGUAAGAAGCAAGCUGGCAUCUCAAAGGAUGAGGAGUUUAAGCUGAUGUAUGGGAUGCUGUUUUCCAUCCGCUCCUUUGUCUCUAAGAUGUCUCCACUGGACUUGAAGGACGGAUUUUUGUCCUUCCAGACAAGCCGGUAUCGUCUUCACUACUUUGAGACUCCCAGUGGACUCAUGUUUGUCAUGAACACCGACCUGUCAGUUAACAACGCCAGAGACACACUGCAACACAUCUACAGCAAUUUGUACGUGGAGAAUAUUGUCAAGAACCCAACAUGCAUACUGGGUGACGCUUUGGACAGUGAGCUCUUCAGCACACGACUGGAUGCUUUUAUCAAAGCCCUACCAUAUUACAGCCCCCGCCCCAUUUAAAGCUUUUCUUAUAUACAUGAAAGAACAUGGUUGACAAAAAGUGGAAGUGGAGAUUUUUUGACUCAAUACAUUAAACUGGUGCAGCAGUU